CAAGGAAGGACUUUUUUAAGGGCAAUAUAAGUAUCACAUCUUGCAAGAAUUUCCUACCACAGCCAUUCUUUCAACCUUACUCUUCUUCUUCGUCUCCUUCUUCUUAUAUUCCUUUUCGGUUUCCAAAUGACUAUUCUCAUCAGCCAGCCUGAGCUUGGGCUACAUGGUGAGGAACAGAAACACCAGGAUCAUGUCAAGGAAUUAGUCUUAGACGGUGGAUUUCCGGUGCCGAAAUCGACAUCAGCUGAUGCAUUUGAUGCGCCUGAGAUUAAUUCAUUUGGAAAUUCUUUCAGAGAUUAUAACGCUGAAAGUGAAAGGCAAAAGACGGUGGAAGAAUUCUACCGCCAGCAACACAUCAACCAAACCUAUGAUUUUGUAAAGAAGAUGAGAGAAGAAUAUGAGAAGUUAGAUAAAGCAGAAAUGAGCAUUUGGGAAUGCUGUGAGCUCCUUAAUGAAGUUGUAGACGAUAGUGAUCCUGACCUUGAUGAGCCCCAGAUUCAACAUUUGCUGCAAUCGGCUGAAGCUAUUAGGAAAGAUCAUCCUGAUGAAGAUUGGCUCCACUUGACUGCUCUUAUUCAUGAUCUUGGAAAGGUUCUUCUUCUUCCCCAGUUUGGAGCACUUCCUCAAUGGGCUGUUGUAGGUGAUACAUUUCCUCUUGGGUGUGCUUUUGAUGAGUCUAAUGUGCAUUACAAGUAUUUCAAGGAGAAUCCAGAUUCCAAAAUUCCAGAAUACAGUACCAAAAAUGGUAUUUAUGAGGAAGGAUGUGGACUAGAAAAUGUGAUGAUCUCAUGGGGGCAUGAUGACUACAUGUACUUGGUGGCCAAGGAAAAUGGAACCACUCUACCACCAGCUGCAUUGUUCAUUAUCCGAUUCCAUUCUUUCUAUCCCUUUCACAAGGCAGGUGCGUACACACACCUAAUGAACAAGGAGGAUGAAGAGAAUCUCAAGUGGCUUAAGAUAUUCAACAAGUAUGAUCUCUACAGCAAGAGCAAGGUUCUUGUUGAUGUUGAUGCAGUGAAGCCAUAUUAUCAAUCCCUGAUUGAAAAGUAUUUCCCUGCAAAGCUUAGAUGGUAAAUUAUGAGGUGUGACGGGAGAUAAGAAAUCGGAUGAUUGUUGGGGAAAUGUGACUAAUAAUAUCAAGAUCGAUGUAAAAAUAAACUAAUCUAUUUAUAUUUAUGUACUCACGGAUGUAUCAAUACCAUAAAUGAAAGAAUUUUUGUAUUGUGUUCCCCCAAAAUUGUUUCUUUUAAUAAAUUAAUUUAGUUCCUUUACUAUUUGCUAAA